AUAAAAGAAAUUAAUAUUAUUAAUAUAUAAUAAGAUAUUUUAAUAAUUAUUUAUGAUAAAUAUGAUAAAAGUUCCAUUAUUGCGAAGGAUCCAAAAUUAUGUUUUCUAUUCAGCUUCACAAAAUAUAACAUUGAAAUUAUCAAAAUGUACUAUUGCAAAUUUGAAUAGUGUCAUAAACAAAACCGACAAAAGUAACACUGCAAAUUGGAAAGAUGCUUUACAUAUGACUAUGAAAAUUUAUCCUGACUUUAUUAUUGAAGAAGAAGAAAUUUCUUUGAUGAAAGAAAUUGACCCAUACAUGCAACGUUUACGAUAUGAGUUUGCACAUUGGGAUGAUGCUAUUCAUGGUUACAGAGAAACAGAGAGAAAACAAUGGAAUGAACAAAAUAUCAAAAUAAUUAAUCGAAUACGUGAAAAAGCAUUUCCACCAGGAAUGCCGCAGUUAAGUUUAGUACAUGUUUUAGAUUUAACGGCUGACGGAUGGAUAAAACCACACGUUGACAGUAUUAGGUUUUGCGGAGAUGUUAUUGCUGGACUGAGUUUAUUGAGCGACAGUGUGAUGCGCCUAACAAUGGUUGAUCAUGAACAGGAAUGCAGAGAAGAUUUUCUUCUUCCUCGUAGAUCAUUAUAUGUUAUGAGUGGUGUGGCAAGACAAAAAUAUAAUCAUGAAAUUUUAAAAUCUGAAGAAUCAUAUUUUCAAGGACGCAAAAUACCUAGAAAUAGGCGUAUAUCUAUAAUAUGCAGAAGUGAAGUAGACAAAAAACCAGAAGAUAUAAAAAUUGAUUAAAUAAGUCAAUCAUUAUAAAGAAGAAAAAGAUAAGUACAUAGGAUAAUAAGAUGUAGUACAUAAAAUUUGAUCUAAUUAAGAAAUACAUUAGCUAUAGUUUCUAAUGUGUUUAUUUUUAAUAAAAGUAUGUCAUAUUUAUAUGAAA